AUGGAAGGGUACGACCAUAUGUGUUCGGAUAUGGUUAAAUAUCCAGAGCUGGCGAUCUUUCGCAAAUUCAAAAUCCUGAACUACCGUACGCUGUUAUUCUUACAAGCCGAACUGACUCACAAAGAGGACCGGCUCCUCGCUGCGAUCCGAGCAGAUCGAAAUUCCGGCGACCCUGAAAGGAGGCAGUUUGCCUUCAGUUUCGAGGCCAUGCUCCGGUCCAAGAGCGAUAUCGAGGGCGCAAGAGCACAACGGAAGCUGAUGCGGGAGAUUUGCCGUCUCGCCAAAGACUACAGCACGUGGUUGCCCUCUUCCAAGAUACCCCAUGAAUUACUCCUCCAAAAUCGCGAACUCGACGACCUGCCUCCGGUCCACAAACCCAGUCUCGCGUGCCUCCGAGCGGCCCAGGUGAGCGUUUCGGACAGACGAUUGUUUCUGCGCGGCCGCGAGCUCCAUACGUGGAGCAAGAGAAAGGAAUACGACCUCACAUCCCUGACGGACCAGAAGGCGAACAGAGACCCUCUCUCCUCCUGGCUCGAGUGGUUCAUCACCAACGUCUUCCACAAGUUCUCCGGCUCCGUGCAUUAUAACCCCGACCCCGUGGACGAGGACUGGGCGCCUGCCACUCCGACCAAGUUGGUCCAGUACCCGCAGAGACACAUCUCGCGGAGCGUCACGGCUGUGACGACGAUCCUGGCGCCGGUCCUGCCCACCGUGUCGGCCUCGGCCCUGUUCUUCAUCGACAACGAGCUCACGCGGCUGGGCAUCAUCGUGCUGCUGAGCUUCCUCUUCAGCAUCGCGCUGGCGUGCGUCGGCGUCCCGCGCAGGAUCGACUCCUUCGUUGCCACUGCCACCUUUACUGCAGUCUUGAUCGUCUUUAUCGGCAAUAACUCGAGCUGCGCGUGCUAA